UGUACAAAUCAUGGAAACUCUGAAUUUAUUAAAGCCAAAAUUUGAAUUUUCUUUGCCCACAGAAUCCUCUGAUGGGAAUGCUUUCCUAAACAACUGAGUGAUGCUGAGGAGCAGUUCUACCUCCCAUUAGAGGAGAUCCUGGAAGCCAUGACAGCUCAACUAAAGAUACUCACAAAAGAAAACUUCCAGAAUUGCUUCAGAAAGUGGCAAGAAUGAGUGUAUAAGUAUGUUUGAAGAGAGGGGCAGUAUUUUGGAGAGAAUUAAUGACUGAUUGGCCAAUUCAACAAUGCAGCUAACUCAGUGAAAGAAAAGACAUUCAAAGUGGCUGUUAAUCUGGAUGAUCUUGUUAUUUGACUGCAGGAAACUAUCAUUUCAAUAAAUAUUCAUCUGAGAGCUCCAUGUAGUCAAUGUAAAGGCAUUAAAUAGAAAUCAUCACUCUAAUGCUUUUCCUAAAGAAGGAAAACAAAUCCUCAAGAUGGGAAGUAACAGCACAAACAGUACAAGAGGAAAGUGCACUGACCUUCAAAUGCCAUUUCAAUACUCCCUCUAUGCAACCACGUACAUCAUCAUAUUCAUCCCUGGUCUUCUGGCCAACAGUGCAGCCUUGUGGAUUCUGUGCCGCUUCAUUGGGAAGAAAAACAAAGCCAUCAUUUUCAUGAUCAACCUCUCUGUGGCUGACCUUGCUCACGUGCUAUCCUUACCCCUCCGUAUUUACUAUUAUGUCAACCAUCACUGGCCUUUCCAGAGGGCCCUUUGUCUACUGUGCUUUUACCUGAAGUAUCUCAACAUGUAUGCCAGCAUUUGCUUCCUGACAUGUAUCAGCCUUCAGAGGUGCUUCUUUCUUUUCAAGCCAUUCAGAGCCAGAACCUGGAAGCGCAGGUAUGAUGUGGGCAUCAGUGCUGCCAUCUGGGUCAUCGUGGGGACUGCUUGUUUGCCACUUCCCAUCCUCAGAAGCACUGGCUUAGCCAACAACAGUGAAUCCUGCUUUGCUGAUUUAGGGCUUUACAACGUUAGCAUGGCUUCCUCUAUUGUCAUGAUAACUGCAGCUGAACUUGGAGGGUUUGUAUUGCCUGUUGUAAUUAUUACUUAUUGCACGUGGAAAACAAGGAAAUCUUUACAGGAAGUCCAAGAGCCCCUUCAGAAUACCAAAGAAAGAAAAAAGGCUUUGAGGAUGGUCCUGAUGUGUGCAGUGGUGUUCAUUUUGUGUUUUACUCCUUACCAUCUCAACUUUCCAUUUUUUAUGAUGGUGAAGCAACAGGUAUUCUCAAACUGUUCCUUUAUUAAGAGCACUCUAUGCUUCCACAUUAUUUCGCUGUGCCUUGCAAAUCUGAACUGUUGUCUUGACCCGAUUGUAUAUUAUUUCAUGACCUCAGAAUUUCGUAGUCAAUUUUCCCAAAGUGGCAACUCAGUUAUUCAGUCUUGUGUGAGAUGCAAGGACAGUACUUUGGAAAUUCAGCAAAGGAAAGAGGAUCUUCAAACUAUCUCUCUUGAAUGUUUGGAUGAUUUCAAGAGAAUGUAAUGAAACACUUAGAACAGUUUUUACUCUUUUAGUAGUGUAUCUAUUUUAUUUUGAAGAUAUUUUCUUUAAAAUAAUGUCAUUUUAAAGAAACAUGGCUUCUUUUCUUACAUCUUCAGAAUGAUUCUUCUGAAAAAAUUAUUCAUGACUAUAUCAUUUGUCUAAAUGGAAAUUGUUCAAUGGACUAUGUGAGAACAUACUUUUUACCUAAAGUGAUGAACAUCAGAAUGAAUUGCAUCCUGUUCCUAAGCACGUGGUCUAAUCUUUUCACCUUCUCUUGAAAGAAACAAAAAGUAAAUUGAAAACACUCAAGAUUUUCCAAACAUUGAAAACUAUACAUCAGAACUAUAUGGUCUUAACUUUAUUUAAGAAAUAUAUACUACUUGAACAAUAGAGAUUAAAAAUGAAAGGUUUUUGAGUUUCAGGGCUUACUAUGAAAUCUUUUCAUUUGAAUUGAAUGUCUGUGAGUGUGUUUCUGAUGUGAUACAUGUUUUUAUAUACUCGCACUAAUUCAGAAUAUUUUGUGUUAUAUUUGUAAAUUAAAAUCAACUGUGUCAUUGUCUGCCUA